AUGGACGUAGUGGUCAAGACUUACAAAAGAGGAGGUGUGUGGGCAUUCUUCAGAGGUUUCUGGCCCGGUACGCUAAGCAUUUUUUUGUUCACCGGUAUCGAUCUUAUGACUUACGAACACAUCAAAGAAAACUAUUCCUACUUCCACGGGAAGGACGGCUGCCCGAGUUGGUUCGUCAACUUUUACUCAGCAUUUAUCUCGAACAUCGUGGGCGUAGUGAUAUGUUAUCCGAUAUCUACGGUCAUCACUAGACUGCAAGUUGAAAACGGACACUCGGAUGGAACGUUACCGUCAGAUAAAUGGGACCGGCGGCGGCUGUUCUCGGCUAAGAACUUCCGCAGUGGCCUACUCCUUUACAGAGGCAUAACCGGCAGUGUCAUCAAAAUAUUACCUUGCACGUCCAUUGGCUACGUAGUCUACGAAGAGCUGUGCAAGUCAUUUGGCGUGCAAAUGUCGUGA